AUGAACGGUUAUUAUCGAAAUGGACCACGUUUUGAUCGUAUCGAUCAAGAUGAAGUUCCCGAAAGCAAGCACACCGUAUUUAUUAGAGGCCUUCCUGGACAUAUUAAAACAGAUGAAGUGAAGGAUUUUUUCGAAGACCAUGUGGGGCCAUGCUCAUUCGAUUUUAUCAAGCUUUCACAGGAUCAAUUGAAACUGUUUGUAGCAGUGCGUUUCGAAACGCGCGAUGCUGCAAAGGAAUGCAUGCACAAGUAUAAAGAUGGUGACGUUCUUGGUUACCCGGUUGAAAUGACAUGGUUUCGGGAUAUUCGACGCUAUGUGUCGUAUCAACAAAGUCAAGGUCUUCGACCUGCUAAAGUUCCUCGUAAUCGUGGUUAUGGUGGUCGCAAUCGGACUAGCUAUGACCAUUCGUCAAGAAAUGAUUACAGAGAUGAUGAUUAUGAUAAGGGAAGCAAAAGAAAGUGCGCAUCGUCAGAUGAUGAAGGCUCUAAAAAAUCUCGCUCAUCCAACAGUUCAUCACGAUCGCCAAGUCGUAGUCAGCGUCACUCGUCACAUGAACGUUCAGCGAGUCCCGGUAGUCUCAAAAGUCGGCGUAGUGAAAAAUCUCACCGUUCUCAAUCUCGUGCAUCUUCGUAUUCGGCACCGGCUCAUGAACGUUCUUCCUCACGAGCUCCACCAGCUCCAUCUCCACAAAUUAAGCGAGAGGCUAUUGAAAAAGGUGAAACUCCACCACUUCCACCACUACCUCCUCCUCCAAACGCAAAAUCUGAUGACGUGGAGCCAAAAAAAUCGAGCCCGAGUGGUUCGCAAUCUCCCGCUGAACGUAAAUCACGAAAAUCGAAAAAAGGCAAGAGGAAACGUCGGCGUCGUAGUCCAUCAUCUAGUACACCCAAUUCAAUUAAUGAACACACUUCCGAUGAACUUAGUGAGGGCGAACUUCGAAAAAAGAUCCUAAAAAAACGAAAAGAAGUUUUGAAAGAUAUCGAAGAGGGUUUGAAGCCCGUGGUAAAACCAACUUUGGGAAAAUGGGAAGAGCAGGAAGCGGAAACAACACUUCUACAGAAUACCACAUUAAAGUUCGGUUUAGAAAGCACGGAGGAUGUGCCAAAACGAGUUCUGCGUGAUACAGCCCAUCAAUUUCAAUCCUCAAAAAAUGUAGUUUUGCAAACAAAUGUAAGCAAACUUGACGGGAUUGGGAUGCAUGCUGCAGUGCCGCAAACAGCAGGAAUUGAAAAUUCGUUUUCUUGCAAGAAAGGGACCAAAGAAUUAGGCGAAGCACCGUCGUCGGCUGCACUAUUCGGCAGUGAUAUUGAUGCUUUUCUGGGAAAGCGUGAGCAGGCCGGUCUAAUAAAUGAUCUCAAAAACACACAGACGAAUGUAUUCGGCACAGCUCGUGGUCAACAACUGAUUUCAUUUUUUGAUGAUGCCAGUGAUACGUUACAACCCUCGCAAGGAACGCUGCGAUUAAGCUCGCUCACUCGUCAGCUGAAUGCAGAAACAGAACGUGAACGAAAGCUUGCUCGUUUACCACCGGAAGUGCUUACGAAGUACACGACAAAGAAAAAACAACUCGAAGGGGCAUUUAAAGCAGAUCGUGAAACGUUUGGUUUUGUUACAAAGAUAUUGAUCGAAAAAGAUCCAGGUCUGGAAGAUCGUCUCUGGUUGGCGCUUGCUGAAGCAGUGAAAGAUAUGGAAGAAGCGUUCACCAGAAAAAUGGAUCAGUAUCUUGAUCAUUUAAUUAUGUUCAUUUCUAUGUGA